GAAAAUUUUCGGAUGAAAUGUCGGAAUGACGAAUGAGUCUAGGUUUCUGAUCCGUGCUACUUCGUCUGCGAUGAGAAUGCAUGCGACUGAGAUCCAAGCUCCCAAAGAAAACAGAGAACAGUUCUCCUUUGAGUGCUUGCUUUGAAGGUUUUACUAUUGAGAUAUCCUACGAGCGCAAUGUCCGCACCAAGAACGAAGAAUCCGGUACCUGAUUGGAUAGAGAACCCAUAUCCUCAUGUUGAAAAUGUCAUUGUGGAAUUUCCCAGGAAGCACGUACUGCUGGUCACCAUCAAUAGACCAAAGUAUAUGAAUUGCCUGCCGGUAGAGGCUACAAUUGAGCUUGGUAUGCUAUGGAAGUGGUACGACGCGGAACCUGAGCUGCGUUGUGCUGUUUUUACAGGUGCGGGUAAAAAGGCCUUUUGUGCCGGCAUGGACCUCAAACAGAGACUGGAUAUCAUCAAGACAAAUAAUGUCGCCUUCGAGUAUCCGAGUGGCGGAUUUGGAGGCAUGAGCAACAGGACUGGGAAGAAACCAAUCAUAGUUGCAUGUAACGGUCAUGCGCAUGGUGGUGGAUUCGAGAUUGUUUUGAAUUCCGAUGUUAUAUUCGCCUCUCCGAAUGCUGAUUUUAGACUACCCGAAGUGCUUCGAGGGGUAGUUGCUUUCGCAGGCGCCCUGCCGAGAUGUAUGGUGCUCUUUGGCAAUCACAGAACGAUGGAUCUCGCGUUGACUGGUCGUGUGCUGUCGGCCAAAGAGGCUGUUCAAUGGGGCUUGGUGAAAGAAAUCGUACCACAAGAGAAGUUGCUUCAAAGAGCACUAGAUUACGCGUCUGAGAUUGCGUCACUGAGUCCAGAUAGUGUUAUUCUCUCUCGAAUGGGCGCGAGGGAAGCUUGGGAAACCGGUGUGAUUCGAGCAACAAAGAGAGGCGAGGAAUUGUGGGCAGAAGCUAUGCUCAAGAGCAAGAACGCGGAAGAGGGAUUGAAAGCAUAUAGAGAAAAGCGGGAUCCCAAGUGGCUUCCCAGCUAUCUCUAG